AAGAAAAGGUAAUAAAAAAGAAGGGACUUAACUGCUAGAAAAAAACCAGAAGCAACCGAACAGAUCCAGCGCAGAAACAGGGAAGGGUAAAAUUGACGAAAUCAAUGGCGUCGUCGGACCUCCGCCCAGCAUUUGCGUACACGGUGGUGUACGUCAAGGACGUAGCCAAAUCCGUUGAAUUCUACGCCAAAGCUUUCGGUUACCAUGUUCGCCGCCUCGACGAUUCUCACAGAUGGGGAGAGCUGGAGAGCGGGCAGACGACGAUCGCUUUCACUCCGAUCCACCAGCACGAGACCGACGACAGAACCGGACAGGUCCGUACCCCAAAGUCCGGCGACGAGCGGCCUCCAAUGGAGGUCUGCUUCGCCUAUGCCGAUGUCGAUGCUGCGUACAAGAGGGCGGUGGAGAACGGAGCUACGGCGGUGAGCCCGCCGGAGGACAAGGAGUGGGCGCAGAGGGUUGGGUACGUUCGUGAUAUCGAUGGGAACGUCGUCAGAAUGGGGAGCAACGUCGCCAAACAGACGAAAUGAUGACGCCAGAGAGGCUAAGGGCCAUGUUCACUUUCAUUUCCGCUCAAACCUCAAACGAGAAAACCUGUUUACUUUUCUUUCUGUUCGUCUAUUUCCUGCAAUAAGUCCAAUCUCAGUUCACUGAUGAACUCUGUUUACUUCCCUUUCUCUGGACAGUUCAAUGAUCAAACAUAUACAGAACCAAAUCAGUCAAAUGUGUAGAUAGAUACGAGGGAAA